AUGGACCUGGCCCGUCUAUUGGAUAACAUCAUCUUCUCCAUCGUGGUGUUUGGCUCCAUCGUGAACGAGUGCUACGUGAACACGGAGAGCCAUAACCCCGAUCUCUUCUGCAUCUUCAACAAGAAUGAGAGUGCCUGCAGCUACGGCAUUGCCAUCGGCGUCAUCGCCUUCUUCGGCUGCAUCUUCUUCUUUGUCGUGGACCUCUACUUCCAGCAGAUCAGCAGCGUGAAGGACCGCAAACGGGCCGUGCUGCUGGACCUUGGCUUUUCAGAUCUUAAAGCAAUAAUUAUCUCCUGGCUCUUAUGGGGCUUCCUGGCAUCCCCCUUUCCCGCUCCAUGCUGGUGGGUGCGGAGCUGCCACCGUGCCCAUUCCCAGCUGGAGCCAGGACCGGCGCAGGUAUCCACACCACUGACAGCUCAGCCCUCGUUGUGA